UAUCCAUUUGCAUUUUCCGCAUACUCAUUCAUUACCACAUUAACGCAUUAACGCAUUCACUUAUUCAUUCAUUCACACAGACUUUUCCAAACAAAACAUACAUUUUUAUAUUUUAUUUAGCGCCAUCCAUCAAUCGCCAUGUCCGUCCAUUCUAUCGCUGAAAAACAAGAGCAGCCCGAGUUUAACUGGAACAACAUUCAAAACCGGCUGCGAGAUUCAGUUGUUGCUAUUAAGUCUACCAGUCCUUUGACCUUUGACACGGAUUCAUUGGGUGUUUUCCUUGGCACUGGUUUUGUCGUUGACGCCCAAAAGGGAUUAAUUAUCUCCAACCGCCAUGUGAUGAGACCUGGCCCGUCGUACCACAAGGCCACAUUUUUCAACAACGUCGAAGUAUUUUUGCAACCAUUCUACUACGACCCAAUGCACGACUUUUCAAUCUUCCGCUACGACCCUGCCGAAUUAAAGUCGUUCACGCCCAAUGCUAUACCCUUGUCGCCCGAAAAAGCCUACAGCGGCAUGGAGUUUCGUGUGGUCGGAAACAGCGCCGGCGAGAAAAUGUCGGUGCAUCCAGGAGAGCUCUCUCAGCUUGACCGCAACGCGCCUUAUUACGGAGACUACAGAUACAGCGACUACAACACCUUUUACAUCCAAGCGCCAACAACAUCAAAUUGCGGUUCCUCAGGGUCACCUGUAGUCAAUAUCGAGGGACAUGCCGUGGCUAUCAUGGCAGGUGGCAGUAAAAAUACCUCAGCAAAUUAUUUCCUGCCUCUGUAUCGUGCCGUAUAUGCCCUGGAGUACGCUAAGCGCGGCGAGGUCCCGCCAAGGGGAACCCUCCAGACAGUGUUCACACAUAUCACCCACUUGCAGGCUGAAAGGCUGGGUUUAAAGCCCGAUGAAGCUAUUAAUGAGGGUGUCCAAGUCGACAACACGACCGGCCUCCUGGCUGUCAAGAAGCUGCUUCCCAAUGGCCCUGCUGAUGGACAGCUGCAAAUUGGUGAUAUUCUCAUUAGUAUCAACGGCAAGCCGAUUCCUGGGUUUGUAGAAAUGGAGGAAAUUAUAGACGCUGAAGUAGGCAACAAUGCGAGUUUGAAAGUGUUUAGCGGCAGCGCAUUCAAGACAGUCUCGAUUACCGUACAGGAUCUUUUCGAAAUUACGCCGUCUAAAAUUCUCAAUAUCGGCGGCGCUUCUCUGCAGGAUAUGUCUUUCCAGCUAUCCAUCUGCAACUCACUGCCUAUCACGGGCGUGUUUAUUAUUGAUGACUCGCUGGGUUUCUUUCUUGACUGCAUGGAUUCUGGCCACUCUGUCAUUGUGUCUGUGAAUGGUGUCGAUACUCCCAACUUGCAAGCACUCAUGGAUGUCUUGCAAAAUAUUCCGAUCAGUAAACCAUUUGUCAUCAAGACACGCAAACUAUCCGGUUUGCACAAUAAAAGAGUGUUUAAAGUUAGGCAUCCGGUUGUACACCCGCCAAACACAGUGGUUACUCGCAGCAGAGCAACUGGAUUUUGGUCUUUUGCGCCAUACUUGGCAUUUUCUUCCGAUGUCAAGCCCAACGACUUGGGCGAAGCUGCCGCUUUGAACGACAGUAUGCACAUCAAAUCGACGAAAAAGGUGUACAACAACAUCGUGAACAUUAGGAUUCAAAAUCUCACUCCUGCCGAUGGAUCUACUACAAUUAGUGCUUCUGGAAGUGGGCUUGUUGUCAACAAGGCACACGGCAUUAUUAUUUGUAGCAGAAGCCUGAUGGCAAACUCCACAAGCAACAUAAGCGUCACAUUUGAAGGAAAAACCGAAAUCCCAGCGAUACAAGUAUACUCACAUCCGCUGUACCCAAUUUCAUUCCUCAAGUACAAUCCGACACAGCUAGAGGCAUUUUCCAAGGGUACCAAAAUUUCCACUAUUCGCUUGGGCUAUAGCGAAGGUACUGGCAGGCUUGAUCUAGGAGCUGCGGCAGUUAUCAUUUCCCAAACAUGUGAAGGCAUCACGGAGGUCACUCCGACAACAGUUUCUAGCCGCACCUUGCUGAAAACAAAUGCGUGCAACUGCUGCCCAAUUCAAACAUACUCCAACAUUGAAAUGUUCAACCUGUCUCCCAGACCAUGUGCUGAUACAAGCUCACUGGGAAUAAUUUGCAAUGCCAGAGGCGUGGUGUGCGGCAUGUGGGUAAAUAUUCCCGAAUGCGAUGGGUCUGAUGACCCAUACGUGUUUGUCGGGCUGGACAUUGAGCUCAUUAAGCGCACCUUGGCAACCCUUGUGGCCCGUGUGCCACGCGAUUUUGAUAAGAUUAGCAUUCUCAACGCCGAGUUUGAACUGCGCUCGCUGGUGGAUGCCAAGGCACUGGGUGUAAGUGAUGAGCACAUUCAGCAGACUGCAACAAGCCGCUCUCAGGAAAGCACUUCGGUAAUUGCGGUAAGAAGGAUUUUGAAAAACAAUGUUUUGGCCAAGGUCUCACUUGAGGAUGGCGAUGUUAUUCUCAAGCUCAACGGGCGCAAGGUUGAUCAUAUAAAUGAAAUUGCUUGCUUGAUCAACUGUGAAUCGGCCGAAUUAACAAUAAUGCGCGAUUUAAAGGAGCUUACAUUGGAAGUCCCAACCAUACAACUACCAAAGGUUGGCACUUACCAAGUAGUGGAUUGGGCUGGAAUAUGUAUGCAAGAGCCAUGGUUGGCUGCACAACAAAUUUCCAGACACGUUCCAUCACAAGUGUUUGUCUUUUGCGAAACUGCGGGUUCGCCUAUGGACUCAAAGGUAGAAACCAGCAGGUAUUACGUUACGGAAAUUGAUGGCACGCCUAUACAGACACUCGACGAUGUUGUUUGCGUCAUUCAAAGGCUCAAGGACCCUAACCUAGAGAAUUUCAACCAAGCUGUAGCCAACAACAAAGCAUUUUUGAGUGGCACCAUUCCUGGCCGAGAUGUUAAGAUUCGCACGAUUAUGCUCAAUAGUGAAGAAAAGGUCCUUACCAUUCGUACGGACGACCACCACUUCCCUGCGUACCGGGUUAUCAGAGGACAUAAUAUCGACGAUAUGUGGAGGUACGAGAUCUUGUAA